CCGCGGCUACUAUAUAUACUUCGGCGGGCACUUACAGGAGCAUACUCACCUCUGACUUCGUCAACAACCCAUCUUCAAACGUCAAAAAAUGGCCUUUAAGAUCGUCAUCCUGUCCUGCCUGGUGGCUUUGGCCCGCGCUAGCGUGGCUCCUGUGGCAGUAGCCGCCCCGGUAGCGGCCGCGCCUGUUGUGGCGGCGCGCCUGGAGGAAUUCGACCCUCUUCCCCAGUACCGAUUCGGCUACGACGUGGCUGACGCCCUCACCGGAGAUUACAAGAGCCAAACGGAGCAACGUGACGGUGAUUUAGUGCAAGGCUCAUACUCCCUGGUUGACUCUGACGGAACACGCCGCACUGUGGACUACACUGCUGAUUCAGUGAACGGGUUCAACGCGGUGGUGCGCAAAGAGCCGCUGGUAGCCGCCGCUCCAGUCGUGGCCGCCGCUCCCGCCGUUGUCCCCGCCCGCAUCGCCGCCGCUCCCGCAGUCGUCCCCGCCCGCUUCGCCGCCGCUCCUGUCGCCGCUCCCGUGGCAGCUGCCCCCGUGGUGGCUGCCCGCUACACCGCCGCCUACCCCGCUCCGUUCUCGUAUGCGGCAUACACUGCCCCCGUCGCGGCCGCCUACACCGCUCCCGUCGCUGCCGCGUACACCGCGCCAGUCGCCAAAGUGGCAGCUUUAAGAACUGCGCCCUUCGCUUACGCCCCUGCUGCGCCAGUAGUAGUAUAAACAUCGACGAUCUACUCAAACAAGGACUGACUUUUUAAUGGCCAAUUAAAUUUUUUUACUCGA